CCUUCUCCAUAUUCCUCAAGCGUCCCCUAAAAUCUCAAAAACCCCACGCACUCUCUGUGUCUUGACCGCACUUGGUGCUCCCAUGGAAAGCCAUGGCAGCACCAGUAGCUAUAACGACAACAACAGCAAGAAGCAGUGGAGAGCAGAGGAAGAGAUUGCCGGGAACGCCGAAGCUCUUCAGGCUCUCAGAGAGCUCAUCACCUUCCCUCUCUACUACUCUCGCGAAGCUCAAAAACUCGGUCUUAAAUGGCCUCGAGGUUUGCUCCUGUACGGCCCACCGGGCACGGGAAAGACAAGCUUGGUACGGGCAGUUGUUCGGGAAUGUGGUGCUCAUUUAACCAUUAUCAGUCCACAUUCUGUCCAUAAAGCGCAUGCUGGAGAGAGUGAGAGUGUCCUGCGGGAGGCCUUUUCAGAGGCAUCAUCCCAUGCAAUGAUGGGCAAGCCAUCAGUUAUCUUUAUUGAUGAAAUAGAUGCACUUUGUCCUCGUCGUGAUUCCAGAAGGGAGCAAGAUGUUCGUGUAGCCUCGCAACUCUUUACACUAAUGGAUUCCAAUAAAACUUCCUCAACUUCUGCAACACAAGUUGUUGUAGUUGCAUCCACUAACAGAGUGGAUGCAAUUGACCCUGCACUUAGAAGAUCAGGGCGUUUUGAUGCUGAAAUUGAAGUUACUACGCCUACAGAGGAGGAGCGGUUUCAAAUUCUCAAGCUCUACACGAAGAAGGUUCCUUUGGAUCCCAAUGUUGACUUACGGGCUAUAGCUGCGUCUUGCAAUGGCUAUGUUGGGGCUGAUUUGGAAGCUUUAUGUCGUGAGGCUACUAUGUUUGCAGUUAGGUCUUCUGAUGCAAAUGAAAAUGCUGCUGUGCUCAGCUUAACAAUGGAAGACUGGAAACAUGCUAGAUCCAUUGUUGGGCCAAGCAUAACUAGAGGUGUUACUGUGGAAAUCCCAAAGGUUACUUGGGAAGAUAUUGGAGGAUUAAAAGAUUUGAAGAAAAAGCUCCAGCAAGCUGUUGAGUGGCCUAUUAAACAUUCUGCUGCGUUUGCAAGGCUGGGAAUAUCUCCAGUACGUGGAAUUCUUCUGCAUGGGCCUCCAGGAUGCUCAAAAACCACCCUUGCUAAAGCUGCAGCUCAUGCCGCCCAAGCUUCUUUUUUUUCCUUGAGUGGUGCAGAAAUGUAUUCGAUGUAUGUUGGAGAGGGAGAAGCUUUGUUGCGGAAUACAUUUCAGAGAGCUCGCCUUGCAGCACCAAGCAUAAUAUUUUUUGAUGAGGCUGAUGUUGUUGCUGCCAAACGAGGGGGGAGUUCAAGCAACAGCACUACAGUAGGGGAGAGGCUUCUGUCUACUCUACUGACUGAAAUGGAUGGUUUGGAAGAAGCUAAAGGAAUUCUUGUUUUAGCUGCUACAAAUCGUCCUCAUGCAAUUGAUGCUGCACUUAUGCGCCCUGGACGCUUUGACCUGGUGCUGUAUGUACCACCACCUGAUCUUGAAGCUCGGUCCGAGAUACUUCAUGUACAUACGCGUAACAUGAAAAUAGACGAUGAUGUUGAUCUCAGAAGAAUAGCAGAAGAUACUGAACUUUUCACAGGGGCUGAACUGGAAGGCCUGUGUAGGGAAGCUGGCAUUGUAGCCUUGAGGGAAAGCAUUACUGCCAUUAUUGUCUCUGACCGUCAUUUCCAGACAGUAAAGGCUUCUUUAAAACCGGCAUUAACAAGGGCAGAAAUUGAUUCAUAUUCUUCGUUUAUGAAGACCCCAUCUAGUGUCAAGCAUGACAGCAAGCACAAAAAAGAAUUGUUGGGUCCAUUCUUUUCUGUUAAAAUUGGUGUUGUAACCUUUAUUUUACUUGCUGCUGCUGUUAAAUAUUUUUUCGUACGUACAGAUCAAAACCAACAUGAACUAGCUACUACCUGAAGUAUGCUAUAUUGUCAUGAUUAAUCUUUUUCUCCCCUUUCUCCAUUGUUUAAUGACAUUAUCAAUAUAUGAGCUUGUUUAACGACUACUUUUCGUUGA